AUGCACAAGAUCUCCAACUUCACGGGCCAGGCCCGUCAUGGUUGGGAGCGAAUGACGCCGACCUUCGGGAUGUCAAGACCUCAUACCGACAUGGCCUUUCGCCGACCACACGGGGCUCCUCCCAUGACGCCGCCGACGAGCAUAGACCCGACCGUCAACCUCUCCUUCAACGUCCCCUUCUCGUCCACCUUGGCCGGCCCCGAUGUCGAGGAUGUGCUCCACGCGAGCCCCAACGCCUUGCAACGCUGGACCUUCCCCGAAGGCACCCCCGAGGGCACCCAGGUACACCAGCUCCCCGUGCACACCAGCAAUGUGGACGGCUUGCGGAGAUUAUGCCGACAGAUCACCGAUUCGAGUGGUGGACGAAUCGAAGCAACGGUGGCCUCCUCCGAGCCGAAGGCCCUGCCCUCGCUCCAACGCCGACCCAACGGCUUGGUGACCAAUGUGUGUGUCACGGGCGACGGCGAGACGGUGCGCAAGAUGCGAGCAAAGAUUUUGAACGAGACCCCGAUCAUGCUGCGCUGCGCAACCGUUGAUGUCGACAUGCACCUGAUUAUGGAUGGCUCUCCGAAGGGCAUCCGAGCGAGCGUCCUCGAGCACAUGGAUACCUUGGCCGCUUACACCGGGACCGAUAUUUUCCUACUGACGCCCAAACUUCACGAUGCCGAUAGUGCGGUGGUUUCCUCCUACGGUUAUGCCUCUGAUAAUGGCCUGGAGCAGCGGUUCCGCGUUGCGAUCUACGGUGACAUGGAAAGCUCCGAGCACGCGAAGACCAGAGUUCUGAUCAUGAUCGAUCAAAUUCUCAAACGCCACGUCGAUGCUAUCAAGCUGGAGCUGACCAUGCACACCUUGGUCUGUGGGCGCACCCGCAAAAAUAUCAAGCUCAUCGAAGCGGCGACCGGAACUGCGAUAUAUUUCCCCCCUCCCUUCCCUCGAAUCUUUGGAUAUACCCCACCAGGUGCGAACCGUCGGAGCGAGGACGAGGUGUACAUCACGGGUGAUACGCCGGAGCAAAUCGCCCGCGCGAAGCAAAAGCUGCGGGAGCUGGUUCUGGGUGUCAAGAUUUACGUGAAGGAUGUUGUUGUCAACUCAAGCAAGAUCGACAAUAUCUUGCUCGAUCGCUUGGACAAGGUCCGCAAGGUUAUGGAAAUGAACGGCUCCUACGUUCUAUUCCCGCAGCUGGGCAGCCAGCGCGGACUGGUUCGCAUUCAAGGCACAGAGGUUCUGCAUGUCGAGCGCACCGUUAGGGAGAUUAUGGCCUUGGCUGGUCAAUUCUACAGCGCCUCGUGGUGGAUUAUCAUGCCCGAUCCUGCCCAAGGUGGUCUUCGCGCACCUUCGACCCCCGAAAUUCGUGCAAUGCUUACCGAUAUCUGCACCAACUCGGAAGCCGAAGUCAGUUUCGAUAACCUGACAUUCACCAUCAACGGUUCCGAUGAUGCUGUCAAGGCUGCCAUGACCGUGGUGAAUCAGAUUCCUUUUGUCACUCGUAGCCAGUACCAGAUGCGUGUCAAGAUUGAGCUGGCCAACGAGCAUAAGGAGUUUGUCAGUGGAAAAAAGAACGGCAAGAUCAACAAGAUCAUGGGCCAGAGCAAUGUCCAAAUUAUCUUCGACGGCUUCAACGAGUACAAUUUUUACAUCGAUGUCUGUGGCAAUCAGUAUGAUUCGACCAAGAAUGGCUUGGACCUUGUUGAACAGGAAAUGCCGGCUUCUAUUUCGUUCCAUGUGCCGGACCAGUACCAUAAGCGCAUUAUCGGAAUCGGUGGACAGCAUAUCCAGCGCAUCAUGAAGAAGUACUCCGUGUUCGUGAAGUUCUCCAACGCCAUGGAUCGAGGCGGCAUGGGCAAGGAGGACGACGACAUCAAGGUCGACAAUGUUAUCUGUCGAACGCCCGCUCGCAACGCCCAGAGUCUGGACCUGGUCAAGCAGGAGAUUAUGGACAUGGUCGAGAAAGUUGAUGCCGAAUAUGUCUCGGAGAGAGUCGUCAUUAACCGACUCUACCACCGCGAACUGUUGGCCCGCAUGACCGAGAUCGAUGAGCUUGAGAAGAAGUGGAACUGCAAGAUUGAAUUUCCUAGCACCGAGCUUGCCAGUGACGUCGUGACCAUUUCUGGCCCCGAGUAUCAGGUCCCCCAGGCUGUUGAUGCCUUGCUGGGAAUGGUCCCGGAGAGUCACGAGCUUCAUUUCCAGAGCUCGGCAGAGCUACGGGAGUACUUCAAAGCCCCCGACUUCCUUGCAGACGUUCGCACCAAGCUCAAGGAGCAGUACGAGGUCGAUAUCAACAUCGAUGCAAAUGCUGAUCUUCCCACUCGGGAGGACGGGUCUUCUUCGCCGGACCCUGCUCCCGAAGAUCGGGUUGUCCUCGGUUACACACGCAACAAUGCCGGCGGUCUCAAGGACGCCAUUGAUUUCAUCAUCUCCCGCCUUGUCGCCCACGGCCUCGAUGCCAAUACGGUCAAGGGAGCGAUCCCGCGCCCCAAGUCGGACUCGUUCGAGGAGUCGCUGCCCUUCUUCGACUCGAAGCUGUUGCAGCAUGCCCCGGCUCCUCUCCUGACCGACUCACCUACACGACCCAGCUUCGCGGACGAGACUAGCGAGCGCGGCUCGAUCUUUGAGCGCCUCCGCAAGCCCGGAAGUAUCUCGUCUUUCUCCUCGUUCAUCGGGCGGAAGAACCACUCGGCCUCGCCGGGUUCUUUCUUCAAACACGCGUCGAGCAACGCCUCCAAGGCGUCGCUCGUUUCGUUGGAAUCGCGGGACAGUGGCUACCGCAACCCUUGGAAUGAUUCCGGGGUGAACCUCCCCGAGGACGAUGUACACGUCCUAGGGAGCUCGCAUAGCCACAAGAGCAGCAACAGCAAUGGCUGGCCCACGCGCUUUGACACCAAGUUUCCUUUCGGUACGGCGCCGGGUGACAUGACGCCCAAGCAUGACCCGCGCGCCUCUUUUGACAGCGGUCGCCCUAGCACUUCGAAUUCUACUUCUGGAUACCCGGCCCCCAUUGGGCCACCGCGUUAA